AUGGUCAAAGUUUCCAUGCUCUGUGGUAUCAGCCACAAUUUAAACUGCAUAUUUACUUGUAUUUUUAUGUAUAUGCUUCUUGGCUCAGAAUCUGCACAUUCAGAAAAACCAGGGGAUGAAGGAUGUAAUAAUGGUAUCACUCUCGGUAACGAAAAAUCCAGCGACAAAGAUGCUACUGAGAUCUUGAGGGUACCAGUCUAUGGAAAUCUUCAUAAGUUUGCGUAUUACUAUACCUUUGUUAACAUUGGAAAUCAUCCACAAAAGCAAAUGGCCAUAAUAGAUACAGGAUCACAAUUGGUAAACUUUGCAUGCAGAAAUUGCAGUUACUGCGGAAAUCAUGUUUUGAAGAAUCUGGAUCCAAAGAGUUCAUAUACAGCAUCUUAUAUAACUUGCAAGAGUGUACAGUGUAAAAUUGUUGGUGGAAAGUGUAAUCCUGACAAUUCUUGUGGUUUUAUGCAAACAUACUCUGAAGGGAGUUCAGUGCAUGGAAAAUAUAUAAGUGACGUUAUAAAUUUUGAUUCCGCUGGGAACGAAAGAAAAUUGAUAUCGUGGUACAAUUAUAUUGGUUGUGUUAACAGAGAAAAUGACCUUAUAUAUUCACAAGUAUCAAAUGGGAUUUUGGGAUUAAGUAAAAUUAAAAAUUCUGAAAAUGCAUCUAACGAUCAAGAGAAUCAUGAUAUUCCUGCAUUUAUAGAGAAAUUCCUAAAUGAUCAUUACGAAGAAGAAAAUGCUAUUUUUGCAUUGUGCCUUUCUGAAAAUGGAGGGAUACUCACCAUUGGAGGAUAUGAUAAAUCAUACAACAUAGACAAGUUAAAGCAUCAACAAAAAGGAAGAGGCUUGAUUAACAGGACGAAGUGGAUACCACUUAUAAAUUCAGAUCUCUAUGUUGUGAAGAUGAUUCGUUUGGAAUUUAUGGGUGAUUCAAUAAAAAUUAAAAACAGGAAGUUCGUAUUAGACUCUGGGACCACUAUAUCUAUAUUAGAAAGUGGUUUGUUUAAGAAGAUUAUUGGAUAUUUUCAGAGUCUAUGUACAACAAUUGAAUAUGUAAAUAUGAACAACAGUUUGUUCAGCCGGAACAAGAAUCCGAUAAACUGGAUAAAUUCAGCCGAAACUAGAGUUCAUGGAUUUUCUCCAAAGGCUUUUCCAGCAAAGAUAAAUCCGGUCGUGCAAGAAAUAUUUUUUAAUGAAAACUAUAAAAACAUGAACACUAGAAAUAUUAAAAAUGAUGAAAAGCAGACAAAGAUUUUUAAAUGCAUUCAGGACAGAAAUACGCACAACAUCUGUUUCAGCGACAUUUCAAAUAUGCCCAGCAUUUUUCUGGAAUCAGAUACAGGUGAAAAAAUCGAAUGGCUUCCUCGUUCCUACUUCUUGAAGAGAAAUUCCAAGAAAUUCUCAACCAAUCCAAACGGAUGGUGGUGCUUAGGCAUAGAGGAAGGUAAUUUAGAUGAAAAUAUUCUGGGUGCUACAUUUUUCAAGGGAAACCACCUCAUUUUCAAUUUACACACGAACAAACUAGGUAAGAAACAAACUAAUAAAAUACUAUUGUUAGGUAUAUCUCAUGGAAAUUGCCCAAGUUAUGUUUAA